UGACUUCACCGAGGCCAUUCCAACAUGUCAGUGCUUUGAUGGGUUUGAGCCUGUGGACAGUAGUAACUCUUUUAAGGGAUGUCAGAGAAAAGAAGCGCUGAAAUGCCACAAGCAAAGUCAUUUCACGUCUUUUCCUGGAAUGAAGGUUCCUAACAUGUUCUUGCAUAUAAGGAACAGAAACUUGGAUGACUGUGCAGCUGAGUGCAUCAACAAUUGCUCGUGUACAGCGUAUGCUUAUGCGGACUUGAGUAGCGGAGGUGCUAUGGCAGACCCAUCAAGGUGCUUAGUUUGGUCAGGGGAGCUUAUUGAUGCUCAGAAGGCAACCGGUAGCGAGAACCUGUACCUCCGACUUGCCGACUCUCCUGGUAUUCGGUAUUCCAUGCCCUAUCUUUUUUUACCUAGUCAGUAGUGUUUUUAAUACUCUAUUGCUAGUAUAUAUAUCAAUACAUAUUUGACCCAAAAAAUGUAGUACUACAAAAAUAAUUUCCAAAAAAAAUCUAAGCGUACCAUUUUCAAGAUAUCCAAUCUAAAUAUAUCAAGCAGUAUCAGUAGUUAAAGUUUUAGAAGUUCCAUAUCCAAAACACCACGUUGUUUAGAACUGGAAGGAGUACAUAAAAGCAAGGUCCUCUUGUUUAAAUAUACACGGCAUUCCUUUUAACAUCAUUUUACAAUUGCUAGGUUGUUCAAUUACUUCUGGCCUUCACUUUCAAAUUCAACUACAAUUCUUUCCAGACUCCAUGUCUUAGUUCCCAGAAGGAGAAUUUUCACCCGCAAAAGAAAAAACUUUCCCAGAAGGCCAUAGCUAGUUACUAUUUUUUUUUCUUGAAUUGACAAUAAUGGCCAAUGCAUAUUUGCAAGAUCAACUACCUUUUUUUAAGAUGACCAAAUCAUUGAUUUACCACCUGCCCUGGUAGUUCAGGUUAAGAAAUAACGAUAGUCUAGGUGCCUAAUUAGCUUCAAUAAUCCGUCAUGAUACUUAUGGAAGUUAAUUCUGAAUCCUGAUUGGACGCAUUUCUGCAGUCGACAAGAAAACCAGUCCAGUAAAGAUUGUACUCCCCAUUAUAUCAUGUCUGCUACUAUUGGCAUGCAUAGUCUUCGUCUGGAUGUACAAAUAUAGAGGCAAAUGGGGAAAGAAGAAAAACCAGAAGAAACUGAUGCUAGGAUACAUUAGCACAUCCAACUCACUAGAAGGCAAUAAUACGGAAUUUCCAUGUUUUAGCUAUGAAGACAUACUUUCAGCAACAAAUUUUUUCGCGGAUUCCAGCUUGCUUGGACGUGGAGGUUUUGGCAAAGUUUACAAGGGCACACUGGAAGGUGGAAAUGAAGUUGCUGUCAAAAGGCUUAGUAAGAGUUCUGGACAAGGUAUAGUGGAGUUCAAAAAUGAAGUAGUUCUCAUUGCAAAACUGCAGCACAAGAACCUAGUCAGACUUCUCGGCUGCUGCAUUCAUGAAGACGAGAAGUUAUUGAUCUACGAGUACUUAGCUAAUAAAAGUUUGGAUGCCUUUCUUUUUGAUCAUGCACGAAAACAUGUGCUCGAUUGGUUGACACGGUUCAAAAUAAUUAAAGGAAUAGCAAGAGGCCUUCUCUAUCUCCAUCAAGAUUCAAGAUUAACAGUAAUUCACAGAGAUCUCAAAGCAAGCAACAUUUUGUUGGAUAUAGAAAUGACUCCUAAAAUUUCAGAUUUUGGUAUGGCAAGAAUCUUUGGUGCAAACCAGAAUCAUGCUAACACAACCCGAGUCGUCGGAACAUAUGGUUAUAUGUCCCCUGAAUAUGCAAUGGGAGGUGCAUUUUCUGUGAAAUCAGACACUUAUAGCUUUGGGGUUCUUCUCUUGGAGAUUGUUAGUGGCAUGAAGAUUAGCUCACCUCAGCUCAACAUGGAAUUUUGUAGCCUUAUAUCUUAUGCCUGGAGAUUAUGGGAAGAUGGAAAAGCUACCGAACUGGUGGACUCCUCCAUUGCUGCGAGCUGCCCACUUCAUGAGGUAAUUAUGAAGGUGAAGAAGCCAGGGAGGGAAUGA